AGGUUAAAACUUAAUAUUAUAAAAAACGAAAAUUGUUUAGUUUGUAUAAGUGGAGGUGCUAAUAGUACUACUUUAACGCAUUUAGUAGGAAAUACUAUAUAUAAUAGUUAAGGUAGGAAAAUGUUUUUUAAAGCAGAAUUAAUAUAUAUAGAUGAAUCCGUUUUAUAUGAAAAUAAAUAUAAAUAAUCUAAUUUAUAAAAAAUAGAAGAGUUAGCAAAAAAAUGUUAGCUUAAAUUGAAUGUUUUGCAUUUAUCAGAUAUUUAUAAUGAUCUGUUUGAAAAAAUCCCUCUUAUAAACGAAGAAUAGAGAACAUUAUUUGACUAAAAAUUGAUAAAAUUUUUAAACUUAUUUAAAAAUGUGGCUUCUUGUUAAGAAGAUAUUGUUUAGUUUAUUAAAACUUAGCUUUAUAUAGAAUAUGCUUAUAAGAAUAAUUUUAAUAGAAUUUUCUUAGGAAGUUGUGGGUAGAGGUUAGCAAGUAAAAUUUUUUCUUUGUUUUCUAAAGGAAGGGGAGGUUCAGCAGAUAAUGAAAUCUAAUUUAUUGAUUGGGUCGAAUAUGAAUAAAUGAAAAAUUUUUUUGGAUCAGAAAGUGAAUUUUAGAAUAAAAUUGGUAUUGGAAGGCCUUUAAAAGACUUUUUGAAUAAAGAAGUCCUGAAUUAUUUACAUUUAAAUGAUUUGCUAGGCUUUUUAGUUGAUAGACCUUAUUAUAUUUGUGAAAAUAAUAAAUAAAAUUCUAAAUUGCCUGGGUUUGGGAAUAUAGAUUUUAUAAUGGAGAAUUUUAUUGAUAAUAUUUAAGAAAAUUUCUGCUCUACGACUCAUACUAUAUUACAUACAAGUGAAAAAAUUAUUAAGAAGUUUACUCCAAAAGAAGGAAUUUUAUAAAGAUGUCCUCUGUGCUUUUAGUUUAGGGAUUAAAUUAAGAAUAUAUUAGAAAUAGAAACUUUUGAUAGUAGUUUAGGUUUGAUUUAUGGAGGAGAAAACAAUGAAGAUAAUACAGAAGAAUGCCUUAAGAAAAAAUACUUUGAAAGCGAAAAAAUUGCUAAAACAGAUAUUAGGAAUCUUAUUUUAUGUUUUGGUUGUAGAAGAAUUAUUUAAAAUUUAAAUGAUGAUAAAGUUAAUUUUUUCGAUAGUUAGCUUUUACCUUAAAGAAUUAUUGAUAGAACUAACAAAAUAGCUUAAUAAAUUAAUAAAUAUUAAGUUUUUUGA